GAGGUCCGCCCCCGUGCGGCAGCAGAAGGCAGGUGUGGCCAUCGGAGGCGGGGCUGUAGGCAGGGCUUGGCAGCCUGGCCAAUCAGCUCUGGGUAGGAGUGGUCCGGGCGUUUCCACGGCAACAAGGGGUAUAGUCGGCUCCGGCGCAAGCUGCGUGUACACGUUCGGUGCAGGCAAGGGGGGUGGUGGUCCCGGAGGCCACAUGGCAUGACGGUGAGGCCCGAGGCUCCUGACGGUGUGGAACACGCUGGGGAAAGGCUGACAGCGGCGCUGGCGGGCGGGGCGUGCGCGGUGCUAGGACCCAGGAGGACCCAAGGCGGCUCUUAGAAGCAGAUUGCAAAUUCGCCGUGACUCAGUCCGUGUACUGGAGCAGCAAACCAAGAUGGAGUAUGAGUGGAAGCCUGACGAACAGGGGCUUCUACAGAUCCUGCAACUGCUCAAGGAAUCGCAGUCCCCGGACACCACCACGCAGAGAGCCGUUCAACAAAAACUAGAACAACUCAAUCAGUAUCCAGAUUUCAACAACUACUUGAUUUUUGUUCUUACAAAGUUGAAGUCUGAAGAUGAGCCAACACGUUCCUUGAGUGGUCUCAUCUUGAAGAAUAAUGUAAAAGCACAUUUUCACAACUUUCCAAAUGGGGUAACUGACUUCAUUAAAAGUGAAUGUUUGAACAAUAUUGGUGAUUCCUCUCCCUUAAUUAGAGCUACUGUAGGCAUUCUGAUAACAACCAUUGCUUCAAAAGGGGAAUUGCAGAAUUGGCCUGACCUCUUACCAAAGCUUUGUAGCCUGUUGGAUUCUGAAGAUUACAAUACCUGUGAAGGUGCAUUUGGUGCUCUUCAGAAGAUAUGUGAAGAUUCUGCUGAAAUUUUAGAUAGUGAUGUAUUGGACCGACCACUCAAUAUCAUGAUACCUAAAUUCUUGCAGUUCUUCAAACACAGCAGUCCAAAAAUAAGGUCUCAUGCUGUUGCGUGUGUCAAUCAAUUUAUCAUCAGCAGAACUCAAGCUCUUAUGUUGCACAUAGAUUCUUUUAUUGUGAAUCUUUUUGCACUGGCUGGUGAUGAGGAUCCUGAAGUACGCAAAAAUGUUUGUCGUGCUCUGGUAAUGUUACUAGAGGUUCGAAUGGAUCGCCUGCUUCCUCAUAUGAUUAGUAUAGUUGAGUAUAUGCUUCAAAGGACCCAGGACCCAGAUGAAAAUGUUGCUUUGGAGGCUUGUGAGUUUUGGUUGACUUUGGCUGAACAACCAAUUUGUAAAGAUGUAUUAUGUCGGCAUCUUGCUAAACUGAUACCUGUGCUGGUAAAUGGUAUGAAAUAUUCAGAGAUUGAUAUUAUUCUGUUAAAGGGGGAUGUUGAAGAAGAUGAAGCUAUUCCAGAUAGUGAACAGGACAUAAGACCUCGUUUUCAUCGUUCACGGACUGUAGCUCAACCACAUGAAGAAGAUUGUAUUGAAGAUGAUGAUGAUGAUGAUGACAAUGAUCUUGAUGAUGAUGAUACUAUCUCUGACUGGAAUUUAAGGAAAUGUUCUGCUGCUGCUCUAGAUGUCCUGGCUAAUGUAUUUCGUGAUGAACUUCUGCCACACAUCUUGCCCCUUUUGAAGGAAUUGCUUUUCCAUCCCGAAUGGGUAGUUAAAGAAUCUGGUAUCCUUGUUCUUGGAGCAAUUGCUGAAGGUUGCAUGCAGGGUAUGAUUCCAUAUCUUCCUGAGCUGAUCCCUCACCUUAUUCAGUGCCUCUCUAAUAAAAAGGCUCUUGUGCGCUCCAUCACUUGCUGGACUCUUAGUCGCUAUGCACACUGGGUAGUUAGUCAACCCCCAGACACAUACUUGAAGCCAUUAAUGACUGAGUUGUUAAAGCGCAUUCUGGAUAGCAACAAGAGAGUGCAAGAAGCUGCCUGCAGUGCCUUUGCUACUCUAGAAGAGGAGGCUUGUACAGAGCUUGUUCCUUAUCUUGCAUAUAUACUUGACACUUUGGUCUUCGCAUUUAGUAAAUACCAGCAUAAAAACCUGCUCAUUCUUUAUGAUGCUAUAGGAACUCUAGCAGAUUCUGUAGGACAUCAUCUAAAUAAACCUGAAUAUAUUCAGAUGCUCAUGCCUCCAUUAAUCCAGAAGUGGAACAUGUUGAAGGAUGAAGAUAAAGAUCUUUUCCCUUUAUUAGAGUGCCUGUCAUCAGUUGCUACUGCCUUGCAAUCUGGAUUUCUUCCAUAUUGUGAGCCUGUGUACCAGCGUUGUGUAAAUCUGGUGCAGAAGACUCUUGCACAAGCAAUGUUGCACAAUGCUCAACCAGACCAAUAUGAGGCUCCAGAUAAAGAUUUCAUGAUUGUAGCUCUUGAUUUACUCAGUGGUUUAGCUGAAGGACUUGGAGGCAACAUUGAACAGCUAGUGGCUUGCAGCAAUAUCCUGACACUAAUGUACCAAUGUAUGCAGGAUAAAAUGCCUGAGGUACGGCAGAGUUCUUUUGCCUUGUUAGGUGAUCUGACAAAGGCGUGUUUUCAGCAUGUUAAGCCUUGCAUCGCUGAUUUCAUGCCCAUUUUGGGAACAAACCUAAACCCUGAAUUCAUUUCUGUGUGCAACAAUGCAACCUGGGCGAUUGGAGAAAUCUCCAUCCAAAUGGGUAUAGAGAUGCAGCAUUAUAUUCCAAUGGUGUUGCACCAGCUUGUAGAAAUAAUUAACAGACCCAACACACCAAAGACAUUGUUAGAGAACACAGCAAUAACAAUUGGUCGUCUUGGUUACGUUUGUCCUCAAGAGGUGGCCCCCAUGCUACAGCAGUUUAUAAGACCCUGGUGCACUUCUCUGCGAAACAUAAGAGAUAAUGAGGAAAAGGAUUCAGCGUUCCGUGGGAUAUGUACCAUGAUCUCAGUCAACCCCAGUGGAGUAGUCCAAGACUUUAUUUUUUUUUGUGAUGCUGUUGCAUCGUGGAUUAACCCAAAAGAUGAUCUCCGAGACAUGUUCUGUAAGAUUCUUCAUGGAUUUAAAAAUCAAGUUGGGGAUGAGAAUUGGAGGCGUUUUUCUGACCAGUUUCCUCUUCCCUUAAAAGAGCGCCUUGCAGCUUACUAUGGAGUUUAACCUUAUGCACUGUGGCUGCAGUCCCAUAAUUAGAGGUCCUUCAGUCUGGGAGACUAUGAGGGAGACUCUGCAUCCAGGGAAAAUGUUACCCUUUACUGGGGGGAAGGGUAAACCAGUAGGGAAUACAGUACAGUCCCAACCCUACUGGGAGGGGUGGGAGGGAGGUGUUGCUGUCACUGUAUUAAGUCGAUGUUGGGAAAUGUUUUAACAUCUGGAGCCUUUGUCGGUGGAAAUAGUCUCCUAUUACAACUCUGCAGUGAAUGUGAAGAAGAAAAAAAGUCUAUUAACAAAACAGCACAUUCUGGAUUAUUGUGGGAAAUUGUACCAAAAUAAGAAAACAUAUAAUUGAACCAUAGGGAUACAUAAAGAGGAAAACUAUUUUACGCACAAUAAAGGAAACCUACAAAUGGCAGUCACAGACAGUAAAAGGCUUUCUUUUUUAUUUAAUGGGUUUUUUAAGGAUUUUCUACAUUAUUUCAUCCUGCUUAAUGGGACUUCUAGAUAAUUUGAGUGAUAAUGAAUAACUCAAAUUAAAUUAGUACAGUUAAAAUGCAGCUUGUGUCAGUAUUAGGAGCAGGCACUUGCAGUGUACAAUAUAGAAACCCUGUCGAAAAUUAAUAGAGGUUAAGCUGGAAAAAAUGAAGUAACCUGCAAGCUGCAAAUGACUCACUCCUUUCAUUUUAUGGGGUAAGGGGAUGGACAAAUCAAAGAAAAGAUUCACAUCUUAAUUUUUGCAUUUAAAAAAAUUAAAGUAGCAUCAUUUGGUUAUUGUAAUUAAUUAGCUUUAAUUUCUAGAGUAAGGCAUUAUUCUUAACAUGCAGUUUAAGGUUCAGGCAUGCAUUCUGGCUCAUAGUGAUCAGAGGUAAUUAAAAUUAGUGGGAAAGUAGCAUGCUUGUAUCACAUAGAGUGAAAUUAGUAUACGUUUACCUAUGUGGCACCAGUCUUAUGUUGCCGUUUACCAAUUCAAUAUAGCCCUGCAGUUAAAAUUCUUUUUUAGUUAUAAAAUACUGUAGUUAUCAAUUAGGCCUUGAAAUACCUUUUUAGGAUCUGUUAAGAUUAAGAUUCAUAGCGUAUUGUGUGUAACCUGCACAAUGUGGAAAGCUGAUAUAACUGUGCAAAAUAUUUGCCUCUGUGCUGUCAGUGUGAUGUGCUUUCUGCAUGGUUAUAUGCUAGUGAUUUUUAGCAGAAUCUCUAAAAAUGAGUUACAUGGUAAGACCCGUUAAAGGCUGCAUAAAUGUUAAUUCACACAUAAAGACAAUUGUAGAAGUUGAUGACAUUUGCUAUAUUUGUGUUUAUUCUCACUCAAUGUAUUACCUUUUAUGCUUAAUUUUUGUUCACAGCAUGAUCUUAGAGCUGUUUAAGUUAGUGGAUGCAAUGCAGGGUAUCUAUAAUGCAUUGGCACGUGUUGGUGACCCUUUGUGAUAUAAUUAAAUGCACAAGGGUGCAAGUUUAAAGCUAAAGAGUGAAAGUUAGUUUGGAUCCUUUUCAUUUCAUUUGUUUAGCUUUUCUGUUGAUUUUUUUUCUUUUUUCUCUACUUACAUGUAUUCCUGUGAAUAAAUCUUUGUUACUGUAAUCCUUCACUUUUCUUUCAAUGUGUAUUUUCUUAUGUACUGUGAAUGUGAAAUCCUAACUGGCAAACUUGAUCUUGUGUUUAUCUGAAAAUGACAAGUCUCUAAAGAGUAUCCCAUGAUGUUAAAGGAAAAUGGAGAGACUUAACUGUGCUGCUCAGAGGUGAAACCGCACCUUUCCAUUUUUCAAGUGCUGCAUAAUUAACCUGCAAAACAAAACUAAGCCAUAACAGCCUUUUUAUAGAUUUGUCUUCUCACCUUUGCAUUGCAAAAUUGGAUAUUGGAUAACAGUUUGGGUUUUGAAUUUUUUUGGUGUUUUGUGGGUUUUUUUUGUCUGGGGGCAGGGUGUUUUGUUUGUUUGCAGUUUUGCGGUUUUUGUUAAGAACUUGCUGCUCUUUGCAUGGUUCUGUUCUUUGAGUGUUAAAUGAUUUAGCCAUUGCACUGAAGUUUGAGCUGUACAACUGUGGACUUAUAAGUGCUG